AUGGCUGAUCCAACACCUCAACUGUUCCAGACCCAAAGCGGCGGCGGCUCCGAGAAAGGAGACGACGACAGCAGCAGCUUCACAUCCACCCUUCCUACGAGGGAAGGGUGGUGGGCGGCACCGCUCUUCCGACAGCACGGCUGCUGGGUCACGGCGCGACUUGCUAGGAGCGUCGAGCUCGUGCAAGCCGAGUUCAAGCCACGCCCCGACGACGUCCUCCUCGCGACAUUCCCCAAGUCCGGCACCACCUGGCUCAAGGCUCUCGCCUUCGCACUCAUCAACCGCUCCCGCCACCCGAUCAUCACCAGCGACGACCACCCACUGCUCAGCAGCAACCCGCACGACCUCGUGCCGUUCCUCGAGCUGCCUGACCGGAGCCUCCGCCCGGUCGCGGAGCUCGAGGCGCUCCCGUCCCCGAGGCUCCUGUGCACGCAUCUCCCGCCCGCGCUGCUGCCGCCGGGCAUGUUGAUGACGAGCUCCCGCGCCGUCUACCUCUGCCGAGAGCCCAAGGACGUUUUCGUGUCCUAUUGGCACCACGUCCGGACCCUGAGCCAGGAGUCCCUCGUGGAUUACGACAAGGCCUUCGAGCUGUUCUGCGAGGGGGUCUCCGUCUGCGGUCCUGUCUGGGAGCACUACCUGGAGUACUGGAAGCUGAGCAAGAGAAACCCUAGCAGUAGCAGGGUUCUCUUCCUCAAGUACGAGGAGAUGAUGGCGCAUCCUGCCAGGCAUGUCAGGAAGCUCGCCGAGUUCCUGGGCGUUCCGUUCACCGAGGAAGAGGAGAGCGGCGGAGUCGUGGAGGAAGUGGUGAGGCUGUGCAGCUUCCAGAACCUGAAGGAUCUGCCUGUGAACACGCAUGGAGUGUCUGGUCAGAUCGGUGCCGCCGUCGCUAAUCCGAUCAAGAAUUCGUUGUGGUUUCGGAGUGGCAAGGUAGGAGACUGGGAGAACCACCUGACGCAGGAGAUGGCACACAGGUUGGAUUGCAUCGUUGAGGAGAAACUCAAGGGGUCCGGCCUCACCUUUUGA